UAGAUUUUUGCCGACAGGGUUAUCCUUCUGGUUCAGGUUUUAUUCUAUUUCAUUUCAUGGCUCCUAUUUAUGGCUGCUGAAGGCGAUCUUGGACACAGGCCCCAUAGUUUCUUCACUUUCUCUUCUUCAAUCUCAGAGGUGAAAUUAGCCGUUGGCAUGGCUAGGCAAUUCACCAUGAACAGAGUAGGGCUAUGGCUUCUGGUGGUCGUAGUGCUUUUCUACAAUGGGAUUUGCAUAAAUGUCUCCACAAGACCUGAAGUUGUAACUGUUGGUGUUAUGUUCUCAUUCAAUUCCGUAAUUGGAAAGCCUUCAAAAAUCGCAGUAGAAGCAGCAGUUGAAGACAUAAAUUCCAACCCAGGAAUCCUCAAGGGAACUAAACUAAACUUAGAAAUGAAGGACGCCGAUUAUAGUGAAUUUCUUGGCAUUGUAGAGGCUUUAAAGUUCAUGGAGAAAGAAAUGGUGGCCAUAAUUGGCCCUCAAUCUUCCGUGACGACACAUGUGAUAUCCCACGUUGCAAAUGUGCUUCAACUCCCUCUAUUAUCAUUCUCAUCCACAGAUCCCACCCUUUCCCCGAUUGAGUUCCCCUUCUUUGUCCGGACUGCUCAGAAUGACCUGUAUCAGAUGGCUGCAAUAGCAGAAUUGGUGGAUUUUUACGGAUGGAGAGAGGUGAUAGCAAUAUAUGAGGAUGAUGAUCAUGGGAGAAAUGGGAUUGCUGCUUUGGGGGAUAAGCUGGCUGAGAGACAGUGUAAGAUAUCUUAUAAAGCAGUUUUGAGCCCCGAUCCAACUCGGGAUGAAAUCGCUGACUUGUUGGUUAACAUAGCCAUGUCAUCAGAGUCUAGGAUUCUUGUGGUUCAUGUUCCAGGAAGUUGGGGUCCGUUAGUGUUCAGUGUGGCUCAACACUUUGGCAUGUUGAGCAAAGGCUAUGUCUGGAUAGCUACAAAUUGGCUAUCCACUGUGUUGGAUACUAAUUCUCCUCUUGCUCAGGAGGAUGCGAUGGAUAAUAUUGAGGGAGUUCUCACAUUACGGAUGUACACACCAGAGUCAGAACUCAAAAGGAAGUUUAUUUCCAGGUGGAGCAACUUGACCAGAGGAAAGGUGGUUGAUGGCCGCCCCAUUGGGCUCAAUGCUUAUGCUCUAUAUGCCUACGACACAGUCUGGCUGCUUGCUCGUGCACUGGAUGCAUUUUUCGAACAGGGAAGGAACAUUUCAUUCUCAAAUCAAUCCCAGGCAUCCAUGCUGCAGGGAGGAAAUGAUCUGAGUGUCUUUAACGGAGGGAAACUGUUGCUUCGUAACAUUUUACAGGUUAGCAUGAAUGGUUUAACGGGCCAAGUCAGGUUUACUUCAGAUAGGAACCUAAUUCAUCCAGCAUUUGAAGUCAUCAAUGUGAUAGGAAACGGGUACAGGAGGAUUGGCUAUUGGUCUAACCAUUCCGGGUUAUCAAUCCUACCCCCAGAGACCCUUUGGUCAAAACCUCCUAAUCGUUCCAGCUCUAACCAAAAACUACAUGAUGCGAUCUGGCCAGGACCGACGAAAGAGAAGCCUCGUGGAUGGACUUUCCCAAACAGUAGAAGGCAUUUGAAGAUUGGAGUCCCAAAUCGUGUGAGUUACAGGGAAUUUGUCUCUGUGCACGGUCAAUCAAUCACUGGUUACUCAAUUGAUGUAUUCACUGCUGCUCUAAACUUGCUCCCAUAUGCUGUUCCUUAUAAAUUGAUAGCAUAUGGGGAUGGACUUACCAACCCAAGUGGCCUUGAGCUAGUGCGGCUGAUCACAGUAGGCGAAUUUGACGCAGUGGUAGGCGACAUUGCCAUCACUACCAACAGAACAAGGAUGGCAGAUUUUACACAGCCAUAUAUAGAAUCAGGACUUGUUGUAGUGGCACCAGUGAGGGAGGUUGACUCGAGUCCUUGGGCAUUCCUACGGCCAUUCACUGGGAGUAUGUGGGCUGUAACAGCUAUCUGUUUCUUAGUUGUGGGAACCGUCAUCUGGAUUUUGGAACAUCGGUUGAAUGAUGAUUUCCGAGGCCCUCCUAGAAGACAAGUAGUGACCAUUCUGUGGUUUAGUUUCUCAACAUGGUUCUUUGCCCAUAGGGAAAAUACAGUCAGUGCACUUGGUCGCCUACUUCUAAUUAUCUGGCUAUUUGUAGUUCUUAUAAUCAACUCUAGCUACACUGCAAGCCUUACUUCCAUCCUUACAGUUCAGCACCUUUCUUCUCCUAUUAAAGGCAUAGAAACUUUACUGUCAAGCAGCGAUCCCAUAGGCUACCAGCGGGGUUCUUAUGCUCGAAAUUAUCUAAUUAAUGAACUAAAUGUCCAUGAAUCACGGCUCAUACCUUUCGAUUCCCCGGAAGAAGCCGCUAAGGCCUUGAAAGACGGUCCCAAUAAGGGUGGUGUUGUUGCAAUGGUGGAUGACCGUGCCUACAUGGAGCUUUUUCUCUCAACUAGAUGUGAAUUCAGCAUUAUAGGACACGAGUUCACCAAAAGAGGAUGGGGUUUUGCAUUUCGAAAGGGCUCCCCAUUACCAUUGGACAUGUCAACUGCAAUUUUGAAGAUGUCAGAGGACGGAGACCUCCAGCGGAUCCACGACAAAUGGCUGUCAAGACAAGCAUGCAGUUCAGAGGGUGCAAAGACGGAAGUGGACAGGCUUCCUCUCAGGCGUUUCUGGGGCCUUUUCAUUAUCUGUGCGUUUGCAUGCAUUAUUGCGCUCUUUCUACAUUUCCUGAAGAUGGUGAGACAGUUCAGCAAGCACUACCCCGAGGAACAUCAGUAUUCCAGUCGAAGCUCACGCACUGCACGGUUCCAGACAUUCUUUUCAUUCUUUAAUGAGAAGGAAGAUGAUGUUAGAAGCCGAUCCAAGAGAAGGCAAAUUGAGGGAUCCUCGAGCAGAACUGACAAUGGAUCAACUAGCAAUUCCAACUACGAUAGAGGACAUACAGAUACAGAAAUUUCUCCAGACAAAACAACUGGAAAUAGUUGUCAAGUAUAACUAGUUAUAUAUGCCAUGGAAUGGAACCUCUUGGCUCCAGUGUAUCUCUUCUAUAGAAUUGUUAAAAAAGCUGUAUCAUGCUCUGCUCAUCGGUCUUUUUCAUUCUAUUUUCAUGGCUCCAUGUUCAAGGCUGCUGAAGGUGAUUUUGCACGGGGCUCCCUUGUUUCCCCUUCUUCUUUGUUUUGUUUAGAUCUGUCUGUAUUUGUGGUUUUGAACUAUGAAUGUUGUUUGGUUUUGAAGCAGAGGAGAAAUUAGCCGUUGGCAAGGCAAUUCACCAUGAACAGGGUAGGGC